UUCCGGCGGAAAUCAUCAUCAUUCGCUGGGUCGGAUUAUAUAUCAUUUUUGUUAUUUUGCGAAAUAAUAACCGUCAUAUCUGAAGAUUGAAGCCAACUGAUCGGAAACCAUCUUUGCUAUAAUUUACAUAAGGAAGGAAUGGAAUGAUGGAAGAAAACUAACAAGAUACAACUGCACACCCAGUAAGAUUUUAAAGGGACACAACUCUUAUCCAGAAUGUCUAUUCAUUCAGCAGACGACCUGAUUCAACUUGCAGAAGCAUCUGAAAGAGUUCGAGCUGGACAAGAAGGGGUUGAUUGUCAAACUGGACCAAGUGGUGAUGUAGGGGACUGUAGGUCAAAAUGAAGCUGGAACUCCAGGUCCUCUUGGGGUGGGAUGUCAAGGGGACAUUAGCCACUCUCUAUGUAUACAAGCAGGAAGUAGUCAUUUUGAAGGAUCUGAUCAAAUUGUCAGCAUAUCGGAUGGAGACCAGCAGACACAGACAAUAAUUUUACAGGAGUCUGAGGAGCUAGGAAGCAUUCUUCAAGAAGCUGGAGUAGUUCAUAUUAUUGUACAGGACGGGGAUGGAACUAGCACUACCAGUGAUCAAGGGGAGACAACAACAGUCAUCUCUGACAACAUUGGAGAACUGCUGGAUAGAAUAGCCAGUAUCACUGGUGAAUCUGUUGGAAAGGACGUAGCUUCAUCUAUUGCUAAGGAUAAUGUGGGCUCUGUCAGUAUAGCAGAAGAAGACAUAGUUGAUAAAAUUACAGGAAAUGAAGAAAAAAAAAUUGAUGAGAGUGUUUUGCAAAACAAUAGCAUUAUUACCCAGGAAACGGGGCAGUUUAGCAUGUCCAUAAUGCAAAAAGGUGAAGAGUACAGAGUAACUGUUGUGCAGGAUGGAGGUCAGCACACAUUCCAAGAAAUGAAAAUGGAUGAACAGCCAGGUGGGGUAUCUGUCAAGAUAGAGGAAGACAAAACUAAAACUGUAAAAACUGAGGAUACUUCAGGGGAGCACAAUGAUGACGGCAUUAGAGAUGAGCAGUCAGAAAAUGAUGAAGAAGAGGAGCCAGUCAACAACACGAAAAAGAAAAAUAGAAAAAAGGCAAAGAAAAAACUGAAGAAAAAACAGAGUCUUUUGAAUACAAGUCAGGUCAAGCUUGUUGCAAAUGAUGAAACAAUACUGUCAAAAAAGGUGCGUUCAAUCAAGUGUGAAGGUUGUUGUGAAACGUUCCAGGAUCAGGCUACAUUUAAGGAACACAGGUUAGCGAGUGGGGAGAAGCCGUUUACAUGCCAUGAAUGUAAAUUGGACUUCGUGUGGAAAGUUGACCUUGUCCGACACAAUCGUGAAAAGCAUGUAUAUAUGUGUACAGAAUGUAACAAGUUGUUUCCAACCAAGACCACAUUAGAUGUUCAUCUCUUCCAGACGCAUAACAAACCAACACCCCAUCACUGCAAUGACUGCAACAAGAAGUUCCCAUCAGCAGAGGAACUGGAAGAGCAUAUUGGAUGUCAUCAGAGCGACUCCAAAACCAAGUGUGAAACUUGCGGGAAGAUGUACGUUACAAAGUAUCUUCGUCAACACAUGCUUCAACACAACGGCACAAAACCAUAUAUAUGUGACAUCUGUGGAAUGGGCUUCACCACCAAGCGGUCUGUCACAUUCCACAAGUCAAUUCACUCUGGUGACAAGCCUUAUGAAUGUGACAUCUGCCACAAGACAUUUCGACUAGAAGCACUUGUCCGAUCUCACAAGAGAACACACAUGAAGAGCAAACCAUUUCUGUGUUCAUUCUGCGGGAAAGGCUUCACUUCAAAUUCAGACUUACAGCGCCAUUUACAGGUUCAUACGUCGGCAUGGAAGUUUAAAUGUUCUGUCUGUGAUAAAGGGUUUGGACAGAAAGGUCAGCUUGAUACACAUUUUCGUAAGCAUACUGGUGAGAAACCUUUCAAAUGUGACCAGUGUCCCUGUUCCUAUCGAAGCUGGAAAAGUCUGAAAGAUCACAAGAAGACUCAUCUGGCUAUAAAGCCGUACACAUGUGAGGUUUGUGGAAAGGGAUAUAUCCGUAAUGCUCUUCUUCAGCAGCACAUGCAGAUUCAUGCGAAAGCUGAGAUUAAAUGUAAAACAUGUGGGAUUAUCAUUGAACGGUUGGAUCUGUAUCGGGAACACAUGAAAGAGCAUAGAGAAGAGAAAGAAAAAUCAUGCAACUAUGAAUGCCAUAUCUGUCAGAAAAAAUUCUACAUUCAGGUUCGUUACCAAAGACAUCUAGAUCUUCAUAAUGAAAGAGGAACAACCAUAUUCCCUUGUACAAUCUGUUCAAAGCGAUUCAAGUCACAGACAAUUUUAGAUUCUCACAGAAUGAAAAAACACAAUUGUCUUCCAUCUAAUGUACCUUUGCAACAACAGCAACAGAUUCCACAGCAGCAGCAAGCAAAUCAGUUUCUGGAAACCAACCAGCAACAGAUGCAGCAACAAAUUCCAGAGUCUCAAUUCAAUCAUCAACACCUUCACCAGACACCUCCCCAGCACCAGGCACAACAGCAGACCACCACUCAGCAACCUAUGCUGGCUCCCCCUCAACACAAUCAGCAGUCGCAACUCUCGCAUCUGCAAAAUACUCACCAGCCUCCGCAACAUGCACUGCUGAAUCAACAACACAUACCACAGCAACAGUCACUUUUAAAUCCUCAACAGCAUCCUCAACAGCAUCCUCAACAGUCACUACUUCCGCAUAUUCAAAAUCCUCAACAAAUUCCUCAUCUUCAAAAUUCCCCACAGCAGUCACUUGCUCCCCAGCAGUCUCCACAGCAGUAUACCGAUCUGUCACAAGUUCCUCAUCAUCACUCUCCUCAGCAACAUCAGCCGUCUCUUCUAUCCCAGGAACCUGUGUUGGUAGAGCAGACCCAGCAUUCAGUGUCUCCUCUACAGAGUCACACACAGUCAGUGGAGCAGACAGCCAUCCAGGUCGCCCCCCAGUCCAUACAAGGUAACAUCUUCACCUGUACACUCUGCCAAAGAACAUGCGACAAUGCUGAAAAAUACGAGAGCCAGCGUACCCCAGGGAAUUUUAUAUGUAUCAAAUGCCAUCUAAAAGAAGGCUCAUCUAUGAACAAAAUCAGAUACAAGUGUGCCAUUUGUGAUCGGCUUUUCAUUGACCUACAGAAAGCACAGCUGCAUAGUAAGGCCCAUGCAAAUACUCCCGAAGUAUCGGUCAGUGUUACGGACUCAACUGACCAGACAUACAUGGUACAGAUUGUGGAUGGUGAUGGAGAUAAGGGAGGUAAUAAGGUCAUUCACUACUGUGAUAUAUGUGGAAAGGGAUAUACAUGGAUCAACAGUCUCCACAGACAUAAAAAACUCCACUGUACAGAAAAUCUCAAGAUUAAAAACACAAGCUUCAAAAAUUAUAAGUGUGAGAUUUGCGGUAAGGGAUUCACUUGGAGGUCCAAUCUGAACCGCCACAAACAAACACAUCGUGAUAAGAUUAUUUACAUUUUCCGUACUGACGGGGAAGAUAUGACCUUGGAGGAGGAUACUACCAUGACUGAUAAACCUUUCAAUGUAACAGGCAUCGAGGGGACAGAUUAUCUGGAAAUGGAUUCAACGUAUGAGGAUCAGUUAGUUGAGGAACAAGUUGAUUGUAAGGAUAAUGAUAAGACUUUCACCUGUGAUGUGUGUGGAAAAUCGUUCUUGUGGCAGAGCAGUAUGAUCUCUCAUAGGAAUUCACACUUUGCUUUCAAUAGUCAGCCAAACAUUGGAAACACCAUGACUUACUCUAACAAUAUCCCUAGUCUUACUACGACUCCAAAUAAAAUUGAUCCAGUGAGUGACCUAAACAACAUAGGUACCCUGAUUCAGGCCAGUAAUACUAUAGUGAUGCAGUCAUCGGCAAACGACCUGAUGGCUAUGAACAACCCCGGAAUAACUCAUAUUGUGCCAAACAUGCAUCUGCCAAACACAAGCACUGGAAAUAUAAACACUGUCGGAACAGUUGUUCAGGUAGCACAGAGUGGCUUUGUCUGUGAUGUGUGUGGUGUAGACUUUUUCUCACAGAAAAAUUUAGAAUCUCACAAACAAGUCCACCUCAUUCCAGAAGUAGUUAUAGGCUAUUCGGAAACUAACCAUAUGGAAUAUCCAGCACUUCCCUCGGACAAAAAAUUUACCUGUGAUAUCUGUGGGAAAGGCUUCAGUUGGAGUAACAGUUUGAGCCGUCAUAAACAGGUCCAUAAGCGACAGGUAUCUUCAUUGGUUCCAGGCACAAGUCUGUCUGAACAAGAAGAUAUGCAGAAACCUUUCAAAUGUGACUUCUGUGGGAAAGGAUUUGCACGGAGAGACAACCUAAACUAUCAUAAACGGAUCCAUCAGGGUGCUAAACCAUACAGCUGUCACAUUUGCGGGAAGUCCUUCAACUGGGGUUCGUAUUAUAAACAGCAUAUGGUAAUGCAUAAGGGAGAUAAACCGUACGUUUGUAAAUACUGUGGAAAGGCAUAUGCCUGGAAUCUGCUGUUACAAAACCAUGUGAGGACUCAUACUGGAGAGAAGCCUUUUCAAUGUGAAAAAUGCAAGAAAAAUUUCCGUCAACGAUCUCAUCUAGCUGUCCACAUGAGGAGUCAUUCAGGUGAAAAGAUGAGCCAAUGUGAUGUUUGUAGUAAAAAGUUUUUUGACUCGUCAUCUCUCCGACGCCAUAUGAGGAUUCAUUCAAAGGAGAAGCCGUACAAAUGUGAAAUAUGCAAUAAACAAUUCUCAGAUAGCUCGAAUCUCAAAAGUCACAUGCGCAGACAUACAGGAGUUAAGCCAUUCGAGUGUGGAGCCUGUGGAAGACUGUUCAGCGUAAAGCAAAACCUGACACGACAUUUCAUAGUACACAGAAAAGAAGAGGCUAUCGCCAAAGAAAGGACAGAAAUGAAUGCCAAAAAAUCGAAGCAAUCGGAACAAAAUCUUCUCUGAACAAUGAUCAUGAUGAACAUUAGAUUAAUGUGUAUAUACAUGUUGGCCAAUAUAUGAUAAAUUAAUGCCAAGCAAGAUUUAGCUAAGUAAAUCCAAACUUAUAGCUUUCACACCUUCUGUAUGUAUCUUAGAAAUCAAUUUCUGGCUGAUUGGUUUAAUUUCCUCUUCUUUUAUUAUUUUUGAUAAAAUCCCAGAUUGAUCUUAGCUGUUUUGAUCAUUAAAGGGAAUAAAUAAACAUACAGUAUGUUUAUAUAACUACUACAUGUGUCCACCACUAAAAGUUCUCAGUACUCAUUAAGAAAAUAAUGUGGAAAAUCAUAAUUUAAAAAAAGAUAUUUUAUUGUCAUUCAAAUAUUAAAAUUGAUAUUAUUUUUAUUGAUUUUCAGAUUAUUGUUCAGAGAUAUCAUACAUUUGUUCUGAAAAUGUGUAAUGAUAACAGCAUCAUAUUCAAUAAUGAAAUAAGAAAAUACAUAUAGAUGAAAGUGUAUUAUAUAUAUAAUAAUAUAUAUAUAAACUAAUUUAAUAAAGGAAAAAUGUGAAAUACUAUAAUUAUAAAAUGAAUCAAAGUAUUUAUCCAGUAAUUAAUCCAUGUCUAGUAGUAAGCCAAUCCGGGAUCCAUAUCUUAUGUAGUUCAAUUAAAAUGCCAACAUUAUACAAAACACAGAUCCAGAGACAUUGUUAGAUUGUAUUUAUUGACAAUAUUAUGCAAUCGGGGUGACAGAUAAAUAGAAUGGUGCCAUGAAUAUUUAUCUGUCACCCAGCUGGUUGCAUUUAUAUAAGUAAUAUAAUAUUGUCAAUGAAUACAAUCUAACCAGCGUUUGUUAUACAUUAUUGUAUUUACAUUUACCUGUGUUAAAAUUUGUCUUUCUUAAGUUAAUACAUUUUUUAUUUUCACCAAUAUCUCUGUAUGUUCAAAUUUAAAUCCAAUUCCUUUCUGUGAUUGAUUUCCAAACAAUCUAGCACACAGUACAAAGCCUUACUGUGAUGAUGAUUAACAUAGCGCCACAAUGACGUCAUAGUUAGUAAUAGUAAUGCAAUUGUAUGCAAUAGUUAUCCUUGCUGCGUUUGAUUCAUUUGUAGCAUGUAGCGAAGCAUUUCCAUGACAUAACAUAACAUAACAUAAUGCCUUGUGAUCUUGACUGCAUCUAUAUAUGCUUAUCUUCGGGAAAAGAGCCAACGCCAUUAUUCUAAUUUAGGUUCUGUGGGUUCCUUAAUCCCGGCUUGGAUACCUCUGAGUAUGCAGGGCGAUUGAGAAUGUGGGUAAAUAUAAAUUGUUAGAAUUUCUGGCAUGUUGAUUUAAAGUUUGUCAUUGCAUUUACUCAAACAGUUUUGGUUUGGGUUAGGGAAAGCCUAGCCCAAACCCUAACCAACAGUUUAUAGCUAAUAUUCAUCAUAUCUGAUGUGACGUUUCAUGGCAUGAUUACAACUUUUCAUUUGAAAAUGAAAAAAAAAAAAUUUUGUUUGCUUGUAGCAAGUUCAUUUUUUCUGUAGCCUUCAAAAUCCCUGAACAAUUUUGUAUAAGGUGAGACUAUCAUUUUAUCAUUAACAAUACAAUGUCAUGAGUGUAUAUAGAAAAAAAAAAAAAAUCUGGCUGGACAACAUAUAUAGAGGUCAUAUUCAAGUCGGAGAUAUCCGAUGUACCAGGUAAUUUUGAAGGACUGACAUAACUAGAUUAUUUGCUUGUUCAUAUUUUCAGUUAAAGAUGAUGCUCUCUGUGACAUGUGUACCUCCGUUUAAAUGAGUUCCAUAUAAAGAAGCUUUUACCAGCUUGUAAAUGUGA